AACACGUUGCCACUUUGAGGAGGUCCAGCACAGACCCUGCAGUCCAGGAACCUGCCCGCCUCUCUGUCUCCUUGACAACCAGACGCUCAGUGUGGGUGACACCUGGCUCCAAGGAGAAUGUAAACAAUGCACGUGCACUCCAGAGGGAGUUUUCUGCCAAGACAUCGACUGCAGAGUGGACGGUGCUUGGACCCCCUGGUCGGUGUGGUCUGACUGCUCAGCGACUUGUGGUCGGGGCACACAUGUUCGAACCCGCGCCUGCAUCAACCCCCCACCACGAAACAAUGGUUCUCACUGCAGCGGGCCAGAGAAAGAAACACAGGACUGUCAGACCCCUCCGUGCCUGGAUGACCUUUGCCCUUGGUCUCCUUGGUCACCGUGCUCCCAGACGUGUGGGGCGGGGUCUGUAUCACGACACAGGGCGUGUGUGUGCGAGCAGGGAGGAGAUGCGGCGUGUCCCCCUGAGAUCGAGGCUGAGAGGAACCGCGUGGAGACGCAGCUGUGCUACAAACAGCCCUGUCCAGGCUGUCCCAUGUCAGCGUGGAGCGUUUGGUCUCAGUGUUCCUGUGCGUCCCAGAGGCAGCAGCGUUACCGUGUAGCGCUCUCUUCACCCACCAGGGGCCAACAGUGCACUCCUGUGGAAACGCAGAGCCGGGCAUGCGGUCUCAGCCGCUGUGAUGAAGUCUGCGAAGCCCCGUUUGUGUACUCGUCGUGUGGCGCUCCCUGUGAGAAGCAGUGUGAACUGCGUGGCCGUGAAGAUCUGUGUCUGAGUGUCAGCGAGUGCACACCUGGCUGUUACUGUCCACAGGACCUGCUGCAGUAUAAUGGGAGCUGUGUUCCUCCAGAGGAAUGUGGCUGCAUCCACUUGCAGCACCAAGCUCCAGGAGAUCCACCCACGCCUGUCACCGUCCCACAGGGGGCCACGGUCACCAUAGGCUGCAGUACCUGUCUUUGUCACGAUGGGAGUUUGCAGUGCGACAUGAGAGAAUGUGAAGUCGUCCUCAGCGAGUGGUCGGGCUGGACUCGGUGCUCUCCCUGCGUGCUGCAGCACAACAGCUCGCAGAUGGUGUCGAUCCAGAGGUGCUUUCGAGCCUGUUUGGACCUGGAUUCUGGUCUUCCAGUCUCUAGAGAGGAGGAGAGCCAGUGUCCAGGACUGCUGGUAGAGGAGAGGCCAUGUCCAGAUGCUAACAUCUGCAGAGAUGUGUGUCAGUGGAGUGGGUGGAGUGCUUGGACAGCGUGUGCUGAGCCGUGCAGCGGUGGAGUCAGGCAGCGCUACAGACAGCCCCUGGCCUCUCCUGCAGGACCCCAGUGUAGGAGCCAAGAGACCCAGACCCAAGGAUGCAACACGGCCCUCUGCCCAGGUGAGCGCUGUGAGGACAGGGAUCGAGCCUCCCAGGACAGCUGUGCCAACAAGUGUCCUCGCAGCUGCACUGACCUAUGGGAGCAUGUGCAGUGUCUCCAAGGAGCCUGUCACCCGGGUUGUCGGUGUCCAGAAGGACAGCUGUUGCAAGAUGGCCGCUGCGUGCCAGUGACAGAAUGUCGUUGUGGUAUCCCAUCAGGCAACGGGACGCUGGAGUUCCUCCCUGAAGAGGAGUUUACUGUGGACUGUAACACCUGUGUGUGUGAGCAUGGCACGGUGGUGUGCUCCAAGCUUCCCUGUCCAGUUUAUGAGCCCUGGAGUCCAUGGAGCGCCUGCUCAGCUUCAUGUGAGCGAGGCCGGAGAACCAGGACGCGCCGCUGCCAGGACACAGAGGGCGGCCCGCCCUGUGCCGAAGUCACGCAAACAGAAAUCUGUGAUCUGCCGUCGUGUCCAGCGGGUUGUUUGCUGAGUGAGUGGUCGGCCUGGAGCGAGUGCAGCGCCUCCUGUGACGGUGGGUUGUCAUUGCGGAACAAGACGGUCCUCCGAGAGCCAGAGCCCGGUGGGACAGCCUGUGUCGGGCCACUUGAACAGCACGUUGUCUGUAACACCAACAGCUGCCUGCCCGAGUGUCCCGGCACGCAGGUGUCCAGUGACUGUUCAGCUUCCUGUCCGUAUACCUGCCAGGACUUGUGGCCACACACUCAGUGUUUACCUGGACCCUGCACGCCGGGGUGCACAUGCCCUCCUGGACAGGUGUUGCACAGGGGCUCCUGUGUGGCUCACGCUGACUGUCCCUGUUCGCCGCUCUCUUUGCCGGCUGAUUUUCAAAGCUGGAAUGUCAGCUCCGAGUACUUCACGGAAGCUCUGCUGCCCCCGGGAGCGGCCAUCCAGCACCUCUGCAAUACAUGCUUGUGCCAAGGUGGGAUGUUCAACUGCACCUCAGAGCCCUGUGAGGUGGACUGCCAGUGGUCCACAUGGUCCCAGUGGAGUCCUUGUUCAGCCAGCUGUGGUGCAGGACAGCAGAGCUCCAUCAGAUUUGUUCUGGAGCCCAACCAGUAUGGAGGGGCUCCGUGUGAAGGCCCUAACCUCCGCACAACAACCUGCAUCGCCCUGACUGUGGUGAGUGAGAGGAAGGGAGACAGUUGA